AUGAGAAGGUCGAUGCAGCAAACGCCUGUAGGCGUCCUCUUGAGGAUAAAGCUGUUGACAAGGACUGUCGCACGACUGGCGUCAUUUUCACAGAAUAAUGACCGCAGUGCCGCUUGUGUGUGCCAGGCGAAGCUCCGGCUUUCGAGGGAUGUGCAGCAAUUAUUCGCGAAACUGUCGCAUCGGUUAGCUUCUGAUGAGAGAGACAGAACGGGAACGAAGUGA